GCUGCACAAUAUGUGAAUCUCUGUGAUAGAAUCAUCCUGUUUGACACAACGAUUUUACGUGGGCAAUGGGAUAAGUGCACGCCAGUUUUGGAGGAUAUUGAAACACUGGAUGCUGCUGAAGCAGCAUUACGGAAAGCAAUACUUCUAGCGGCACAAAAUGAGCUCUCUGCUGCACGAAAUCUCCUGGAAUCGAUUUACACUAAAUAUGAGACUCCAAGCACAAUGCUGCGCCGAUCCGAAAUUCUCGGCAAGGCGGUCGCGUGGAAGAAGCUGUUGAGAGUUGAACGAACGGAACAAUCGCCGCAAUGGCUCUACGAAAGCGAUGAGGUGUGGUCCAAGAUGAUGAGCGGUGAUUAUGAAAUGGCGAAGAAAAGCUUGCUCGACAGCCGUAAAGAUAUCACAAAUAGCUGCUCGAUUCUUGAGAAUGCCAUUCUGUCCAUCGCUCUUGCCGAAGCUCACUGCCAUACGGGAAAUAGGAACGAACAAUUACAAUAUCUGAACAAGGCUCGUGCACAAUGUCGACAGGCUGGAGCAGUUUUGUUUGAGAAGUUUGUGUUGCAGGAACUAGCGCUUUACUAUCAUGACCGCGGCGAUAUGGACGAACGUGAUGACAUUGCCUCAGAAUUUGCGGCCAUCGAUGAUCGUUAUGGUGGUCAUUUUGAUUGGAAACUCGUCUGA